UGUGGAAAACAAUUUCAUCGGACUUGUCACCUUAGAUCGCAUAUGAGGAUCCAUAACAAAAAUCUUGAACGUUUCCAUUGUCAGCAAUGCUCGCUUUCCUUUCUCCGUCGUCAUGAUCUAACCAGACAUAUGUAUAUUCAUUCACCAAUUAAGCCUUUUAGCUGUGAUCGAUGCGGUAAAGCGUUUUGUCGUCGUGAUGCGCUUCAACGCCAUCUU